CAUUACCUAGCUAUUUUCUACAUAGUACACACGGUUAAUGUUAAUGCUUGUUUUCAGUUUUACGAAAUCUUAAAUUAUUAAGUUUAUUGAGUUUAUUUAUUUUAUACCAUGGAAGCUACUGGACAAGGUAUUACAUACCGCGAUUUAUUCAAUGCGCUGAGAUGUCCACAACGUCCGCGACAGUUAAAUCCGUGUUCCGUCGACAGUCGUUCGUUCUUAUUCGAUUACAUUAAAAACAAUAUUAAAUAUUCUAUUGAUGAACAAUAUGAAGCCGCAUUGAAUGCAAAAAUGUUGGCAUAUACUACUACAUUAAAUCGUAAAUGGUCAGCGGUCAAUCGUACUGCAAGUACAUUUAUUUCAAAAUACGAGGGAUGGUUAGAUACUAAAUUUGAUUUGCCAAAAAAAGAAAAAAAGCUGUUGAUCUUCGUGGUCGUCCAUCAAAGCCAUUUUCAGACUUAUCUGAAAGAGCUAAAAUUCGUAAAGUUAAACCAUUAG